GUCUUUUAGAUUUGGCGAGACUUAUAUACAAAAUUCAAUAUGCCAUAGAAGGAAAACUCAAAGAAGGUGAAAACUCGAAAUUAUGGAACAAGAUACUUCACAAAAUUAUAGCAGAAAAAAUAAUUAAUUGUUAA